AUGUUUGAGAGCAAAGAGUAUUGGGUAGCAUUGUGUAUUGGUGAUUAUAUGUCUGUCUCCAAGUUCCUGAAUUACUUGCUUAUAUUCUUUGAUAUGCAGGCCUUUAAAGCACUAUUAACGUCUGCAACUUCGGAUGAGCAACUCACUUCUCUUGGAGAACUGAUGUAUCAGUGCCACUACAGUUACAGUGCUUGUGGACUUGGCUCAGAUGGGACAAAUAGGCUUGUCCAAUUAGUUCAAGAAAUGCAACAUGGUAAACUGGCAAAAUCUGGAGAAGGAACUUUAUACGGAGCGAAGAUUACUGGUGGUGGAUCGGGUGGAACAGUUUGCGUCAUUGGCCGAAAUUGCCUCCGGAGCAGCCAACAAAUUCUUGAGAUUCAGCAGAGAUACAAAGGUGCCACGGGCUAUCUGCCAGUUAUUUUUGAGGGUUCAUCACCCGGUGCGGGGAAGUUCGGGUAUUUGAGAAUUCGCCGUCGCAUCCCUCCAACAAAGUUGGUGUCAAAUUAG